GGGCGGCAGAUAGAGAGAGGGGAGAGACUGUGGGGACAUCUACACAAUCUCUAUCUUCAAUCAUUUCCCUUUAAAUGCCGUGAGUGAAGGACUGUUCUCAUUCAUUAACUCCAUGACCGUCUGUGGCCGCCUGCUCGCCCUCAUUCCCAGACCGUCUACCGGAGAAGGAGAAACGGGCAGGCUCGCGCCACGGGGAGAGAGGGCAGGAGAGAGGAGAGGAAGGAGGAGAGGAGGGAGACAGUCACAGAAGUGUAGAGACGUGACAGCCAGAGGAGACUCGUAUCACCCUUCUGGGAAGCAAGACAGAACAAGGCAGUGGUGUGCUGAGAUGGAUCCAUUCCUGGAGGAUGUCCUGAAGGGAGCCAACGUUACUGGAGAUCUCUCCUUGAACGACAGUAACAACCCACUAGAAAUGUUCUCAGGCAUGCAGCUGCUACUGCGUUUCAAGCCUCUUUUCCUGCCCCUCUACUGCCUCCUGGUGGCUGUGGCCAGCAUCGGCAACUCCAUCCUUCUGGCCUGCAUUCUGACUGACAAGAAGCUCCAUAACGCCACAAAUUUCUUCAUCGGCAACCUGGCGUUCGGCGACCUGCUGAUGUGUCUGACCUGCGUCCCACUGACCGCCUCGUACGCCUUCGACAGCCACGGCUGGGCCUUCGGGCGCCCUCUCUGCCACCUGGUGCCCUUGCUACAGGCGGCCACAGUGUUCGCCUCUGUGCUGUCCCUCACGGCCAUCGCCGUGGACCGCUACGUGGUGGUGGCCCACCCAGUGCGGAAGAGGAUCUCCGUGCGGGGCUGCGGGGCGGUUGCCGUGUGCGUGUGGGUUCUGUCCCUGGGCCUCGCAGCCCCUCCGUCCCUCCACACGCGCUACCUGGACCUGAGGUCCCGCGGCGUGGAGCUGGUGGUGUGUGAGGAGUUCUGGCCCAGCUCCGGCCAGCUCAGGGUGCUCUACUCCUGCUGUGUGCUCGUGGCCUCCUACAUGAUCCCCCUGCUGUCAGUCAGCGUGUCCUACUGUGCUAUCACCGUGCACUUGAGACGCCACUCGCUCCCCGGGGAGCCCUCACACUGCCAGCAGCGCUGGAGCCAGAGGAGGAAGAAAACCUUCUCUUUGCUCGUGGCCUCAGUGCUUGCCUUCGCCCUCUGCUGGCUGCCCCUGCAGGUGCUGAACCUCCUCCUGGACCUGGAUCAAGACUACCGCAUCGUGGGAAAGCGCUAUGUCAACGUGAUGCAGGUGUGCUGCCACCUAGUGGCCAUGAGCUCUGCCUGCUACAACCCCUUCAUCUAUGCCUCCCUGCACAGUAAGGUGCGGCUGCGCCUCAAGGGCUACCUGUGUCCUUGCCACCAGCAGGAGCUGACAGAGGGCCACCUCCUCUCCCACCGUACCUCCAGAAACCCCGCCACCUGCCUCAGCCUUCUCUCUGAGGGACCCCCUCCCAACAAGGAGACCCCAGGGGGCGCAGCUCUCGAGGCGGAACCCAACAAUUACAGCACCCUCUGAGGACGUCGGGGGAAAAAACAGCACGGUUCUUUCGGAGGGGUCAAAGGUUAUUUACCACAGCGGUGGCCAUUAGCAAUGUUUCAUCUGCUCAGUCACAGCAGGUUUAUUGACAGCCUGCCACUCUAUAGCACCAGGAAGUGGGGGGUGGGUGAGAUGGAGCUAAGACUCCCUCCAGCGUGACAGGACCACUGAUGGGAUCUGACGACAGUUCGCCCUCUGGAUCAUUCAUUUAGUCUGCCUUGGUUGUCACUACUGCAUUCUUUCUCCCAAUGGCCAGGUCCCUCAGCUGGCAAACUGUCACUACUGUCUGUAGUGAGAUGGUUACAGUCCCACCGAUAUGCUGAGGAGAACAUCCUGAUCUGAAGUCCUCGGUCUCUGAAUGGAUUACCCUAGAGAAAUUGGUAGAGGCUCGCUCUUUUUUUCUCCCUUAUAACUACAGUGGAUAUGAAAAGU